AUGAAGCCUGUUGGUUGUUGGAAUGCAAUGAUUGUAGGUUUAGCUGUUCAUGGUAACUCCAAGGAAGCUUUAGAAUUGUUUGCUUCCAUGGAAAAAAGGAUUGAUCAGGCUAGGCCUAAUAGGAUUACAUUCAUAGGUGUGUUAAUUGCUUGUAGCCACCAGGGUUUGGUGGAUAAGGGAAGGGAGUACUUUUACCGGAUGAUCAACGAGUACAACAUUGUGCCUGACAUAAAACACUAUGGGUGUAUGGUGGAUCUGCUUAGCAGGUGGGGAUUCGUGGAUGAAGCGCACCAGAUCAUCAAAACUAUGCCGUUUGAUGCAAACUCCGUUUUAUGGAGAACAUUGUUGGGUGCUUGUAAGAUAUAUGGAAAUAUGGAGCUGGCAGAGGAAAGCUUCAAGCGGCUUACUGAGUUGGAACCUCUUACUGAUGGGGAUUUUAUUCUGCUAUCAAAUGUUUAUGCAGAAGCAGAGAGAUGGAAUGGUGUGGAAGCAGUCAGGAAUGAGAUGAUAGAUGUGAAAGUUCCAAAGAAACCUGGCUUUAGCCAGAUUUAA